CGGGAGGGAGCUGUCCCAGGAGCCCUGGGGGAGGAGAGCGGCUCUCCCCAUGGUCUUCCCCUGGGCGGGCAGAUGCCGCUGCGGUGUGGGUGGGGCAGGGCCGUUCGGGUAGAUUGAGCUGGAAGUGGAUGUUUUCCCGAGAUCUGGCUCGAAGCCCUGGGGUGGGUGGUUUGUCGGGGCUUUGAGAGUCGUCUGCGCGGAUCCUUUGUGCGUGACUUGCCAGAGCAACUCUGAAAAGUGGCUUUUCUGCCCUUGCUGCUUUGGGGCAGGUUGUUAACCUGGUAAUAAGGCAGAACUACUAAAGUUGUCAGCAAAGCCAUGUCUUGAAUCAGGAGAGGGAUAGGUCCAACUUCUCCCGGGUCUACAGGGGCAAGGAUAGCUUCCGGGAACCAGGGAACUAGGACGGGAAAUUGACAUUACCAUGGCAACAAGGAAAUGGGCGUGACCGAGAUACACUGGCCAGAUACAAUCCUGCCUGGGAAAGGAGAGGACUACCUACAAUGGCUACUAAAGGGAAAUAGACAGGGCCUGGGCUGCCUGGGAAAGGGACUUUGAUACAAGGGGGGGGGGGGGGAAGGGUACUUAGUAUUUGCUUAGGUGGGCUAGCCCCAUCUAACUUGGGCCAUUAGGUAUCCGAAGGUCUAUUAUUCAGUCUGAAAUAGCUGUUUGAAACUUCCUUUGGGGUGUAUUCUCACGGGAACAGGGACCCACUUGGGGUUUCCAGCUUUCAAGGAGACCAAGCUUGGGGGUCUCCAGAUUCCAGGUUGACACCCUAGUUUUCCCCCAUAGAAGGGGAGGGAGGAGACUGAGAAAACCAGUACUGGCUUUCAAACAGAGCUAGUCAUUAAUAUUUAGGAAGGGGGUCAUAGGAAGGAAUAAAUAUUUACAGAGUGCCUACAAUGUAUCUGGCCCUGGGCUCAGCAUCUGUUUUUUUUUUUAACCCUUACCUUCUGUCUUGGAGUCAAUACUGUGUAUUGGCUCCAAGGCAGAAGAGUGGUAAAGGCUAGGCAAUGGGGUCAAGUGACUUGCCCAGGGUCACACAGCUGGGAAGUGUCUGAGGCUAGAUUUGAACCUAGGACCUCUCAUCUCUAGGCCUGGUUCUCAAUCCACUGAGGUACCCAGCUGCCCCCUCAGUAUCUGUUUUACAAAUAGCUCACGGGAUCCUCAUGCCAGUCUUGGGAGGUAGUUGGUGUUAUUCUUAGCCUUAUUUUUCAUUUGGAGAAACUGAGGCAUACAGAGGUGAAGUGUGAUGCCCAUCGGGAAAUUUCCAAGCCUUGAUUUGAAUUGCUGUCUCCCUGAUUCCACCUGCAGGGCUUUAUCCCCUGUCUCUGUCUAACCACAAAGUCCUGAGUAAAUAAAAAGGUGUGCCUUGGAGUUUCCUGGCCAGAAGCUUAGCUUGUUGGUUUAGACUCUUCCUAUGGAGUUGGGGUCUACCACUUGACUAAUAGUUUUAGAGAAUUGCCCAGGGGCACAUAAGAUAAAAGGAUUUGCCUAUGGAAAUGAGAGGAUCCUAGGGUUUUCUUUUUUUAAACCUUUACUUUCUGUUUUAGAAUCUGUACUAGGCAAACUGGGUUAAAUGACUUGCUCAGGCUCACACAGCUAGAAGUGUCUUGAGGUCAUGCAGUAGUCCCCAAGGGGAGGAGAGGAAAAUUGAAGUAAAGUAGAUAAAUGCCUGUCAGCAUUUUUUAGGAAAUAGACCUGACUUCCCUCCCCCACCCCCCCCACCCCCAGGUCGAGCUGCUUAUGCAGACAGCCGACCAGUCUCUACUUAGCUUGGGGAGGUGAAUUAGAAAGGGCAGGAGACAAAGGAAUUUCAGAACUAUCAAAGAGGUCAGGAUGGAAGCAAGAUAACAUAUGGCUGACUAGGGCUAAGUGUCUAAGUGCAUGUGAAAAUAAACAACCCCUAAAUAAAUCUGAGGAUUGUCCCCCCAUCACUGACUUCACAUUCCUGUAUCAACGUUUGUUUUAUUGUCAUCGAAGAACCUAUAUGUGAAAGGAAAUAACUCUAUCUUGUAUCCUAUAUAAGCUAUCCUGUAAUGUCAGUCUGAUGCAGCUUCCACUAGGGAAGUCUGUCCCAGCUGGUAGAUUCUUUAUUCUUUAUUAAUAAAUCACAGUUCCAAUAAUUGAAAUUCUGGGUGUUUGGACUCACUUUAUGAAAUGCCCCACUUCAGUCAGAUUUGAACCUGAGGUCCUCCCAGCCUCAGACCUGGUGCUCUCUUCUCUGCUUCAAUCAUGGAGUUUUUGGUAAGAGCUGGGAAAGACUGUAGAACCCAUUCUGGCCAACUUUAUCCCUUCCUCCUCCUUCUUUUUGUAGAGGAGGCUAAAGGGUUAAUUGAGUUGUCCCGUUUCACACAGGCUGGGCAGUAAUGGAGGAAGGUUUGAACUCAGGUCCUUUAACUGGUAGGUGGCACAGUGAUUUCUGGAGUCAGGAAGACUCAAGCUCAAUUUGGCUUCAUUCGCUUACCACAUGUGUGACCCUGAGCAAGUCAUUGCACCCCUACCUCAGUUUCCACAUCUGUAAAAUGAGCUGGAGAAUGUCGAACCAGCCCAGUAUCUCUGCUAAGACUCCAAAUGGGGCCAUGAAGAGUCAGAUACAACUGAGCAACAACAUAACUUUUAUAUUCACUGGGAAACCAAAAAAGUUCUUGUAAAUCACUAAAGAGGUGAUCUGGAACUGAACCCACACUAUCCUCAAGGUAUGCCUGUGAUUUUGAAGUGCUCUAUAAAGCCGUGAGACCCUGAACAAGUCUCUUAAGAAUCCACUUGCCUCAGUUUCCUAAUCUAUAAAAUGGGGAUAAUAAUCACAUCUGUCUCCCAGGGUUGGUGUCAGAAUCAAAUGAGAUUUUUUCAAAAGUGCUCCACACAUCUUUGUGACUUUCGUCAAGUCACCCUCUGCCUCAGUUUCCUCAUCUACAAAAUGGGGAUAAAAAAUAGCACCCACCUACCAGGGUGGUUGUGAGUUUGUAGACCCUGUAGUACACAGUAAGCACCAAAUAAAUGUUAGCUAUAAAUGCUAUUAAAAUGAUGCCAGAAGGACUUGAACUCGGGAUUUGUGCCUUUUCCUAGUUCAUCUGGGAGACUUGAGUACACAGCCUGACGCUCCCAUCCCCCAUUUCAUCAGUUUACAUCCCUUCCCCGUCCAGGUCUUAGGCCACGCCCCCCGGGCCACCCCUUGCCCUCGGAUUGGCCGGUUUGGCUUCUGUCUCCUUAUUGGCUAGGGCAGAGGUGGGUCUGGCCACUGCGUGCUGGGCCGAAGAUGGUUCUGGAGCUCUUGGCUGGGUUGCAUCCGGUGAUAAAGGCCUUUCUGUGUGGUUCUAUCAGUGGAACCUGCUCCACUCUUCUCUUCCAACCUCUGGAUCUGCUUAAAACCAGACUGCAGAUUGUCCAAACAACACAACCUGGGUCAAAACACAUCGGGAUGCUCUCUUUGUUAAUCAGAGUUGUUCGCACAGAGAGUCUGCUGGGACUGUGGAAAGGAAUGUCUCCAUCCAUUGUAAGAUGCGUUCCUGGCGUGGGCAUCUACUUCGGGACUCUCUACUUCGUGAAGGAGCACUUUCUCCUGGGGCAGUCCCCUACCGCCUUCCAGUCAGUCAUGCUGGGCAUCGGCUCCCGGGCUUUCGCAGGGGUCUGCUUGUUACCUGUCACUGUGGUCAAGACUCGGUAUGAGAGUGGGAAAUACGGCUACCCCAGCAUUUACGGCGCUCUGAAGAGCAUCUACCGCACCGAGGGGCACAAGGGCUUGUUCAGUGGAAUGGCAGCCACUCUCCUCCGAGACGCCCCCUUCUCUGGGAUCUACCUGAUGUUUUACAACCAGACCAAAGGCCUCGUGAUGAAAGAUGACAUGGAUGCCACCCUCGUUCCCUUCAUGAACUUCAGUUGUGGGAUCUUUGCUGGCAUCCUGGCAUCAUUGGCCACGCAACCUGCAGAUGUUAUCAAAACCUACAUGCAGUCGUCACCGGAGAAAUUCCGGAGGAUUGACCAAACUGUCAUUCUCAUCCUCAAAGAUUACGGGCCAUUUGGAUUAUUCUCGGGUUGUAUUCCUCGUGCCCUUAGACGAACUCUGAUGGCAGCAAUGUCAUGGACAGUCUAUGAAGAGAUGAUGGCCAAGAUGGGUCUAAAGUCCUGAAAGAAUGGAAGGAGAAAGGAUGGAAUGAGCCUAUUUCCACGACCCCGUCCCCAUUGAAUGAUGAGAGUUUGUUUUGGGGAGAGAUGAGGUUUCUAAUCCAAAGGUCCAGGCAGAAUUGCUUCACCUUCUGCAGUCAGUAUAUAAAGGAAAUGGAAGUGUUUGACCAUUUGAAGCACUCCAAGGGGCCCAUCUGUCAAUAAACUGCCGUUAGGUUGGGAAUGGGGUAAAGAUUUGUGUAUACCAUGCCAAUCUAUCUGUUCAAGGCACCUGGUGUCCAGAAAACAUUUAUCUAGAGUAAUUCUACUUUAGCCGCCUAUGUGCAUCAGGAUAGGCUUUGGAGACGUUAGUGGGAGAAGCACUUGUGAUAUUCAAGACAGCCCCAUCUCCUGUUUUCUUUGAAUUAUAAUUUACUAAUUUAUUGAGGAUCUGAUGAGUGCAGUGAUUAUCUCUGCUUUUGUCCAUAGAUCUUUGCUAUAUAGCAAAUUUUGGUUUUUGGCAAACUAAGAUAGAAAAGAAAUCCUUGAUGUAAUCGAGGGCUUAAUACUCGUUCUGAAGGAUGAGCAAACUUGGUUUCCUAUUGAGUCAAUUCACUUAUGUUUUGGCUUAGAAAGAAUAUGUUAUUUCUGCCUAAUCUCCAAGCUAGUCUAAUAAGCUGCUUUGAUGUUUUCAGCAACCGAGGUUGGUAUUUAUACAUUAUAAUCAAGCACUUUAUCAUUCAUAUUAUUGAAAGCUGUUUUGACUAUAUGGCUAGCAUCGCCUGCUUGUCUUAGAGUGAUAAGAAGAGGCCUAGAAUGUGGUGAUGAAACUACCUUCUGACUCCCUUUCAAACUGGGAAAAUUUUUUUGUGUUUGGUACUGUGAACUUGCCAAAGCAAUAGAUCCAAAGACCCCUUUCAAGAGGGAAGGCAGAAAGACUCAGUAUUGUUAUUCUAAAAGCAUCUUGGGGAAGGCCCUUCACAGAAAUGCUCCCUCUCUGCUCCCACUGGACCACUCGGCUGCUUUUGCAGGUUUGCUAAAGGCUUAACUCGGGUCAUUUCCUAAAUUUGGGGUUAUUGAAGGACACACAAGACAACUGGAUUUAAUUCUUUAAAGAUCUAACCCAUAACUUUCUAUUGUGUUUCUUGUUAAGUACCUUUCCCUGAUGAAUACCCAGUACUUUAGGGAUGGAGGGGAAAGAAGUAGUAGCUUUUUCUACCUGAGGACACCAGUGUGUUAUUUUGUCAAAUCUCCUAAUUUCAGAAUAUUGCACAAGUCUCUACAACCACAUUCCUUUGUGUGUCAUGUCAUUAGGAGAGUAGCAGUAGGCCCGGCUCUGAAAAUCAUAUUGUAAUCAGAAAGGCAAAGGCUUGUGGUUUGUUUUGUUUUGGGGGCCUUUUUUAAAAAAUCUUUGACUUUUAUCUUGGAAUCAAUACUAUAUUGGUUCCCAGGCAGAAGAGAAGUAAGGGGUAGGCAGUGGGGGUUAAGUGGUUAAGUGACUUGCCCAGGGUCACACAGUGAAGAAGGAUUUUGAGUUCAGGUUCUAUCCAUUGAGCCAUUUAGCCACCCCCUACUCUAGGUGUUUAAAUAAAAAGCAAUUUGCUCUUAUGAUGCCAUUUUAAUUUUUUUCACUAAUUUGGACAAAAUCAGAUUAAAGAAGACAGGAUGUGCCAUGAUUCCAAUUUUGACAAAUGUCACGAGCCCUUUGGGCGACUAAGACUCCUCCAAGCCUACAUUAAAUGUACCUCCUGUGAUCAAGCAGUUACUUAAUGGGUCUCCCCUUCCUUUUCACUAAGGAGUGUUAGUAUGUGCUUCAAAGCUAAUUUGACCUGACCUAUUGUGGUAAAGUUCUUCAAGGCUUGUAUUAAAUAUUUUUAAGCCCUCCAGAGUUCAUUUAACCUGGGAGAAGAUGAAAGCUAGCUUGGGAAUCUGAUUUCUAUUUCUUGAAUAUGCAUGAUUUCAAAUCUGAUAAAAUGUUAAGGGGCUUUUUAAAAAGAGUCCCAACUCUUUGUGUUGCUCAUGUUUCUGACAUUACGGCAAAAUAUAACCUACUGGAAAUAAGAGAGAUAAGAAAUGUAAGAAUUUAUACAAUGUGAGAAAGAGCUAACAUUGGGCAGGUGCUGAGAUCGCUAUUUCUCCUAUCCACAAAACCCUAGCAUGGGGAAAUAAAGCUUUGAGUAGUCCAUGAUUUGACUAUUAGAAUUAGUUGGAGUUUUGUGAUUUAAAAUGAUCCAUCUCUUCCUUUCAGGAAACUCAGCAAGAGCAGGAAUCUGUUAGGUUUGUUAAUAGUUAGAUUUCUCUAAAAAAACAUCUAAUUUUGAGAGUCUUACCAGGUUAAGGAAGGAAAAGAAGAAAUUGACUUUUUAAACACUAAAAAUGCCCCUUGCAUAUAGCUGGCACUAUAUUGAAAAUAGCUAGGAGGAGUCGGCAUUGUAGGAACUUCACAACACUGGAAGGAUGACAGAUACAUGUGCCUUGCCCAGGCUAUCGUCCUAUUUUGGGGAUAAUUGACCUCAAUUGUACCCCUUAUCAAAGAGUUUAAGGGAACUGCCUUUGAGAACCAUUGACAUGAGGAUAUAUAGAGAUUUUUUAAUCCUUACCCUCGUUAGUAUCAGUUCUAAGAGAGAAGGGUGGUAAGGGCUAGACUUUGAGGGUUAGUGAUUUGCCCAGGAUCAUACAACUAGGAAGUGUCUGAGAUCAGAUUUGAACCUAGUACCUCCAAUACCAGGCCUGGCACUUUAUCCUCUGUGCUACCUUUCUGCCCCUUGAUGUCAGGAUUUUAAAAAGAAGGGAUUUAGGGGAUCAUUGAUGGAUUUUCCCUUUUGCUAUACAAAUUAAAUAUCUAAUUGUAGAUAAAUGGUGAAAGAAUUCCCUUAAGUGUUUAUUUGGGUAUUAUAGACCAAUUUGUCAGAAAGAGACAUCUUCAUUUCUAAACCUCCGCUCAGGCUGGAUGAAUUGAUUUGCCCUUAUGGGGACUUCUUGGACACAUGGCUGGUAGCUUUGUCCUGAGCCCAUCUAAGAGUGUAAGACUGAACCUGCCUCAAGAAUGGGAAAUGCUUGUUGUUUUUCCCUUUCAAUUUCCUAGUUGUAUUUUAGCAUUAACAUUUUGAGAGAGAAAACAGACUAGGUUAGGGAGAAUUGGAAAAAAUAAAUUUUCACAUGCUGGUAUCUCUAAUAAAAACAUUGGUGAAAUUGUACAUGGGUAUAAGAAAGGAACCAUCAGUUUGGGGGGGGGGGGUGAGGUACAGGCUUCCUGCCAGACUAUGACUUGGGUAUUUAGAUAACUUUGGGAUUUGGGGAGAAAUCCCAGGGGAGGGAGGAAAGCGAAAGGUCCCCAGCAGAAUUGAGUGGAGUUGGCUUAUCACUCCAGGAGGCCUUUUCUUUUGGCUGUAGCUGAUCUCUGUAGGACAUGCCAGAAGAAGAGUUCAGCCUUCCUUGUACACACUCCAGCUCUAGCUCUACUCGGCAUCUUUCUUGAACUAAUUGAAGUGGGAAUUUUACUCUUAAUGCAGGAUAAACUCCUAUAUACGUUCCUCUCUUGUCACUGAAAAAGGUGAUUUUUGAAGUUGUGUUUUUUUUUUUCUCUGAUAUUCUUCUGGCUCUGCAUGGUGGUGGUGGUGAAAUGGUCCAACAUUUUACAAACCUUUUCAUUUACUUCUCAGUGUUCAAAUUAAUCCAGGGUCAACACGUGUUCAGUCAUAGUCUCUAAAGUCUCUGGCAGCAGGACUUAAUAGUCUUGCUUCUGGUCUAUUAGCCAGCCCAAAUAUUUAGGAAUCAGCUUUUUUAAGUCAGAAAAGCAGCUUGCUGCCACAACUCCAUGACCUGACCUUUCCUGUCCUGUCCAGCCCUUUCCCCAGGGGUCAAGCCUAAACCUCAGCAAGAGAGUUAAUUGAGUACUAGAGGCCAAGAAGCCCACGUUGCUUGCUGAUGAUUUACAGUGUGAGAGACUUUUCAUGUGAUCACUAUUAUAAUAUGAGAACCUAAGUAAUCAAGGGGGAAGGAAACAUCCACUGGGAUUUUGUGUAAAAUGACUUGAGUAUCUGCAGGCACUAUGGUGAGGAUGCUACGUGCUUUGGGUGGCCAGCCCAGCAUAAUAGGACAGAAAUAUUUGUUUUGUUGGCCUUGUUAUAUUUGUUGUCAGUUAUAAUGCUAUACCAGUAGUGUAUUUGCUAUAGGAAAGGCCUUUCAGCUCCCAUAGAAUUUUGAAGUAUUAGGAAAUAACAUGACGUAAGAUGCUUCUGAAUUUUACAGCCCAGCUUUUGGGUCUUUAGCACUACCCUACCAAUUUCAGUAGCGUUUGUUUUAGUACUUCAGAUGGGCAUUUGCUGUUUGUCAUCCAAAGUAAGCCUCAGGAAUCACUAAAAGUUCAGAUUUUAAUUGGUGAAUAGAAGAAUCUUGCCAUUGAAAGCAAGCUGAUUUUUAGGGCCUACUUUGCUUUGAAAAAAUGAUAAUCAAAAUACACGAAUACUUGAAAAAAGCAAGUCAGAACUUAAGUUUUCAUUUUUCACAGAUAAUACGUACUUAUGUAUGUAUACAUAGCUACAUAUGAAUGUCUUUGUAUCCAGUAAUAAAAUGUUGGCAUUAUCAUUUAUGACCACAGUUUGCCCUUUGACUUUUAACAUGCUGAAUCUGCUUAUAUACAGGAUGUAUGUAUGUGUGCAGCCACUUACAGACAUGGGUGUAUGUCUGAGGAAGUUACAGAAAUGAAAAGAAAAUAGGUUCACAGAUGCCUGUAUUUUUUCCAAAACUUUUUUUUUACUAUUUAAAUAAAAGUUUGUGAAUUAAGAAGUGAUAGCAUUAAAAAAAUGGUGCCUGUUUUCAAAUUGAAAGCCUAUUUUGAAGUUAAAUUUAAAUUUAUUUUAGUUCUUGAUAUCUUUCUAGUUUUGAAUAAAUAUACUUUUUUAUUUGC